AUGGUGCUCGAUUACAGCAAAUGGGACGCUCUUGAGCUGUCUGAUGAUUCGGAUAUCGAAGUGCAUCCUAAUGUCGACAAGCGUUCCUUUAUCCGGGCCAAACAGUCCCAGAUCCACCAGCAGCGCUUGCAACGCCGCCAUGAGAUCGAAACCCUGAAGUACGAGCGUAUCAUUAACGACGGUCUCCUCUCACGCAUCGACCAACUUCUGAAGUCACUCCAGCAGCAUGAAGGCUCCUCGAAGAACCCCGAAGAACUAGUAUUCCAAUUUCUCAUGGAAUCUGCGAGCAAUCCGUCAGAGGAUCAACCCCCUGCCCCGCCGGCAGGUAUACACACCCAGGAGAAAGAACAGCCAAAGUAUUCUCAAAUGAUGAGUUCACUGGUGGAUCAGGUUAAGAAGGAAAUGGGUGACCUUAGCCCCGAGAACCUCCUCAAGGAAUACAUCAAGGGCGUGCAGGAACAUCAGGACAAGGUACAAGGUCUGCAGAAGGAGCUGUUUACGAGAUUGGCCGAGCUAGAGAAGGAAGAAAGCAGGAAGAUCACAAGUGAUCAGCUGCACACCGGGUUCGACACAUCCUUUGUAACCAAGAGUGAUGAUAAGGGCAAAGGGGCCGAAACCAAGAAGGCGGAAUCCGUUGAGCUUCUGAAUCCCACCGCGGCUUCAGGAUCGUCGUCGCAGAAGGCACCCGCUGAUGAUGAUGAGGAAGAAGACCCGGAAAACAUUAAGGCUAGCGACCUGGCCAAGCGGUUUGCGAAGAUCAACCGGAACGAUUACCGUGCUUUGCUUCAGUUCAUCACCGAGCACCAAGCAAUUGUCGCAGAGAAGGAGACAGAUGGUCUGCUAGUCGAAGCAUUCAAUAGCCAAAUGGAAGGCAAAGAGGAGUACGCUCGCCAAUGCGUUCACCAUGGCUUACUGCUUCAAUACUGCCGCUCCUUGGGCCGUGAUGGAAUCUCUCUUUUCUUCAAGCGUAUCACGACAAAAGAUCAUCAAGCAUCAACCCUUUUCCGAAACGAUGUCAACGAAACUUACAAUAAGAUUAAGACUCGUGCUGCAGAACUUACUAAGGACAGCUCUGCAUCUAACGACCCCGCUGGUGUUGAGCAGAUCCAGCUACAUGCUGUUGAUCCCAACACUAAGAUCACAAUUAAUAUCCCUGCCGCAGAAAGCAGCGAACCCAUUGAGAUCGAAGCGCGUAAGAUAUUCGAAUCAUUUUCCAAGGACUUGCAAAAGGCAUUGAGCUCCGAAUCUCUCGAUGAGGUUAAUAAGGUGCUCGGCAAGAUGAGUGUCGAGGAGGCAGAAGAUGUUGUGGAGAAGCUCGGGGAAAGCGGUAUGCUCAGCCUGGAGGAGGGGAUUGUCGAUGCGACUACUGAAGAGGGUCGGAAGAAGCUGGAAGAGAUUGAGGCCGAAAGCAAGGAGAAACGGAUUGAAGACGUAGGAGAACCAGGUGGCGACAUUACGGAACUUGACUAA